AUGUUGCAGUCACCGCGCAAAGCUGGUGCGGUCGAGCCACGGCUUUCUGGGGCCGUGUUUCUCUCGGUGCUAGCUAUAUGCCUGGUCUCCCGAGUUUCCCCAGCUGGGGCUGCUGAUGCCAGCAUUUACACCGACCUCAUGGACCUCAACAUUGUCAAUUGGCGAUGCCUCACCAUCGGGUCGAGCACGACUGGCUGCUUUGAGACAGACGACGAUCGCCUCGUGGCAAUCAAUCUAAAAACAUCGCUCUCCUUUUACGGCAUCACUUCGCCCGUGUUUGUGCCUGAAACCGAGGCUGAUCAUGUGUACUUUGGUCUAAACGGCGCUGGUCUAGCACAGGCUCUGGCCUCUCACUCGGUGGAGACCCUGACCGUGGCCAUCCAAGCUGCCAGCCAGCCGCCUGAGACCCUUCCAAACGGCGUGUCAGACUGCUCGCUUGUCACAGACCUACGUGUCGGACAGGUAGACUAUGACUUGGUCCUCAGCUGCUCGCUGGAUCACACCGCUGGCAAUCAGGAAACAGGCUAUAUUGCCGUCAUCUUAUGGAGCCCCGACUCAUCUUCCUUGACCGUGACGGACUUUGUGGUUGUCGAGCCUCGCUGCGGCACUGUGCUCCAAGGAGAGCUACGCCUUCCCGUGACCUUUGCCGGCAUGACUCCUGUUGAUCCCGCUUGCAUCUCCGGCUCUGCUGAGGAAGUUGUCAUCACCAGUGACCAAUUUCUCGACGAAAUAACCUGCAACAUCACAGGCGACUGGACCGUCGAUGCGGCUGGCCUAUGUGCCGCCAUUUUGACCACGAAAAGCCCAACGACCCAGCCCGGUGGGCAAACCACGAGCCCCUCGCAGGCCGGCAGUAGCGGCAGCGGCGGCGACACCGGUGCUGUCGUAGGUGCCAUCGUGGGUGCUUUGGCGGGCGUGGCCUUGAUCCUCCUUCUGGGCCUCUUCCUUUUUCGCCGUCGCCAAGACAAGCAGCGAGCCCUUGCGGGUCUGGGCGCGACUGGCGGCCACUCGCUUCGUGCCCUACGCAGCAGUCAGAAGCAGAUUCGUGGCAACAAUGGGUACCAUGCUAGCACUUAUGUGCGCAAGCAGUUCCAGGCGACCGACACAGCCCUCUAUCAGGCAAGUUUGACCUUCGCGUCUGACGACCCCACCCAUUACUCGGAUGCGGGUGAAAUUGUGGCGCUUCUCACCCGAAGUGAAGCGACUGAGCUCGCCACACAGAGCGUGCAGUUGCGCGACUGUAUUGGGGCUGGCGAAUUUGGUGAAGUCUACGUGGCCACAGCCACUUUUGCUGAUGGAUCCAAGCUGGAUUGUGCCGUCAAAACGUUGCGUGCCGGGUCAGACCAAAAGGACAAGCUGGAUUUUUUGAAGGAGGCCGCCAUUAUGGCGCAAUUCAAUCAUCCCAAUGUCUUGGGCCUCACAGCCUACGUUGUUGACCAGUCCCCUAACAUGAUUCUGACGGAGCUCAUGUCCAAUGGCAGCCUUUUGGGAUACUUGAGCGACCAACCCGACUUACCCAGCGAUGACCUUUUGCUCCAAAUGGCCCUGGACAUUGCGCUGGGCAUGCAAUACUUGAGCCGAAAGGGCUUUGUGCAUCGUGACUUGGCUGCACGGAACAUCUUGGUGAAUCAUGAUCUCAAGUGCUCGGUAGCUGAUUUUGGCCUGUCCAAGGAGAUUGACGACGGUGAAUAUUUUCGGGCAGAUGCUGGUAAAAUUCCCAUUCGCUGGACAGCGCCAGAGGCUGUUGCUGAACGGAAAUACACCACUUCCUCGGAUGUUUGGUCGUUUGGCGUGGUGUUGUCCGAGAUCUGGGGUAAGGGCGCGCGACCUUAUGGCAACAAGAGCAACUUGGAAGUCGUGCAAAGCAUCGAGCGCGGCGAACGCAUGCCCAAGCCCCCCCGCUGCCCAUGGCCCGUGUACGAUGUGAUGCUCAAAUGUUGGAAGUAUGCCCGCCGUGAGCGACCGAGCUUUGAGCGUCUCGUGGAUGUGAUGGCCAAUUUCUUACAGCAGCUCGAGGCACACGAACCCUUGCAAGUCGUCAAAUGGGAGGAGCUUGCGGCUUCCACCUCUAGCCCUCGUUUGUCGCAAGAUGCAGGGGGUUACCUGGCACCUACCCGCAACGACGGAUUGGCCAAUUAUGAUGUAGCAACGGCGGGCGACGUGGGGCCUGUAUCGCCCGUUACAACUACCAGCAACUACGACAACGAUACCCUUCUCACUCAGCCGGCGUUUUCAUCACCAGCGACAGGGCCUGUCAUGGGGGACUAUAGCAACCCACAAGUGUUGAGCUUGAAUGAGAAUCCAACCUUUGGUCAUGCAUACGAGUACAACCAGUCCAAUGCAAUGGGGCUCACUGAUACCUACGACCAACCCAACGCGGGUGGAUUGGACCCAUCAUCAUCUGGUGACUUUGAAGCCUACAUGACCCCCGAGAGUGGCGCGCAGAGUGGACGUGCCGGCAUGCCUCCAAGUUCCUUCCAAGGACACAUGCACGUGGUUGUUGACGAUGAAUUUCGAGGUUUUUCUGACGGCGGCGAUUUUGCCGCGUACACGACUGAUGCCAAUGCCUAG